UGAUGAUGACGAUGACGACGACGAAGAUGAUUACGAGUUCCAAAAUCAUUACGUCUAUGAUAUUAGCUCUCGUCUGAGAGAAGUUAACACGGUGCAUUUCGCGGAGCCCCUGCCAAAUGCUAAAGAAAGCCGAGUGCGAUUCGCAGAUAAUCCGGUUGAUCGAGUGCUUCGCUAUUCCCCUACGCCUACCCUUGAUGUUAACGAGCGGCGACAGGUUCAGAGAGAGUACCUUAUGAAGCUGUUCCCCAAAGAUGACUCAGAAAUCGGUGACAACCAGUCAGACGAGUCUGAUCUAUUCAGUUCAUCGGAUGAUGACGACUUUGUUGACUAUGCCAACAAGACGCCGUCCCCCAUUGUUGAGAUGCCUAGAACCCCAAGUCCUUCAAAAAAAAACGACGGCUUAGAAAGUGAUGAAAAGGAAGGGUACAGUUCUGAUUACGAAACGAAAGAAGAAAAUAGCACCGACAAGGGCGAGUACAACACAUCCAUGGACACCGCGACUAGAAGGUCACAGGAAACACCUACAUGUGCCGCCCUAGAACACAACAGAAAUAUUGAUCUCGAGCUUGCUAAAAAAAUCAUUAACCUACGAGAGCGGUCCGCAAGAGGUCCGGAGUAUCAGAGAACUAGCGAUGCGCCUAAAAAUCUAGGAAGUCAGUUUCGAAGCGCGAUUCAGGAAUCGCUCAAGAAGGAACCGAUAAAGGAAUCGACCGGUGCUGAUCAGGAAGUACAACCAGCACAACUAACUAACGGGAAAGUUGAUUCGGUCUACGAAGAAGACCGUUCAACGAGCUCAGUGGAAACUUGCAAUCUCGCAACGUCAAUUACGGCCGGCGGGAGGGAUACAACAAAUGUUUUGGUAAACGGCAUCGAAGUCGCGAAGGACGACAACGUCAAGGUAGAAAGCGCAUCCCGAUCCCCUGAACCUCCAGCAGAUACGUCGAAUGAUAAUAAGGGGAAUAUGGCGAAGCAGGCUUUUGUGGAACGUCUGCUUCCGAGAGACUUACCGAUUAAAUAUCCACAAGUUGCAAUUAAGUUGCCUACUUCUCCAACACCGACCAGAUCGUCGGCGGCCAACAAAUCGCUUACAGCUACGCCUAAAAGAUCUGCGAUUUCAUAUAAACGUGAUACGAAUGUGGCCGGUCGUCUUAUAGCACCAGCAUCAGGUCCUACGGCUUUUCCACCUAGCCCGACCAGAUUCGUUCGAAAAAAUUCAACUCCAGCUGCCAACGGUGCCGACCAACAGAUUCGGCCUGCGAGCUCAAUCGGUAGCAAUUCAGAAACGACUCCUGCGCAUGAAACACGAAAGCUUCCUGCGUAUACUGGUAAUGAGAAUAGUCGAUACGGAUUGCCCGCUGAGGAAAAGGCCAAACUGAAGCAGGAACGCGAAAGAGCUAAACGGGAGAAGGAGGAGAAAGCCCGUCGUGAAGAGGAAGAAAAGCGCCGCCGGAAACAAGACGCUCAAAAAACGUUUGAGGCUUGGCUCCGGAACAAGAAUGCCGAAAUAGAAAAUAACAAGAAGGCCGCGAUUAAUUCCACAGCUUCUUGCAGAAAAAAGACGUUGUCACCGCAGCCUCCUCUCCUGAACGAGCAGAGUCAGAAUGAAGCGACUGCAAACUCCAACACAACGGUCACGUUCUUGACGUGGCUUAAAGGCAAAAAUAUGCAGGAGAAGCAGCGUAAGCUUCAAGAGAAGUUACAACAGAUCGAAAUCGAAGAAUUUAAGAGAAAGCACACCAGGCAAGACGCCCAGCAGGCUUACAAACGAUGGCUUCGAAAAAAGGCCCUCGAAUCAGAGCACCGUCGGAUUUCACAACGACAUCGAGCGGUAGAGGAGAGACUAAGUUCUUCGCCCUCAAAGUCCAAAGAAGUUUUGGAUCGAUUUUUCGAAUCGGAGCAUUUCGCUUCACUGAACCGUAAACAACAAGAUAACUUAAUUCAACGUAAUUCAAAGUUUACUGUUCUGAACGGCAACGCGUAGCAGUUAACGCGGUGGAUACAGUCGACUAGGGAGAAUUCAGUACGUUGGAGUAUACGGAACGGGGUUCCCGCAAACUUGAUUUCCAUUGUGAUACAGUAAAGAGCUACCAUAUUACUAUUAUAUCAAUGUCACAGGUUGCUUUUCGUGAAGCCCCGUUUAAAAUUGUGGACGUAUUAAGCUAUGCAUUCCAAUGCAAAGAUGCAGCAGGGAUGUCACCGAAAAAGACAGAGAACUUCCCGUAAUCACAAGUGAUUUUAUCGCUGAGUGAAAUAUGUCAGGCCUCUACAUAUUUUCAGCAGUGCUAUUCAAGUGCACUCCUUUAAUUCAAGUCAGGCUGUGGGUGGGCUUACUUUUGUGGUGGACAACUUUCUUUUAUGGGUAAAGUUACUUUGUACUGCCAAAACUCAAUGGCAAACUGGGGAGAUUUUGUAAUUUUCACAUCAUAUGUCCGAGGUGGUUCGAUGUGACAGUGAUGAUUUCGAUAAGACCAACAUUGUUAGCCUAUAAGAGUUAGUUGCUCAAAAUGAGCUUAUUAGUUGUCGUUAUACGACACAUUACCUGUUGAUCCACUAUUGCAUCAUUAUAAAUAUAUCAAAGACUUGAAAGACAAUUUGGUGAUUUUUCUAGAUGGUGAUCUAGUAACUUACUAUGAUUAUGAGCACUGACCGUUGCUAGCCGUUGUUUUUUUCAUUGGCCCAAAAAAGCCUCGCAAGUCACCAAUUGUAAAUGUAACUUUAUAUAGAACUCUCUUCCAGCGUUAAUGCGGUGAUCCUUAUUGAGGCGUCGAGUUAGACAGACGAUCGUAGUGCCUUAGUAAACACUCUUUUUGGCACUAUUUUG